CUGAAACAAAAGCAGCCAUAUUGUUUUGGCUGUUGUUUUCCAUGUUUGAGGUUGUUGGCUUCUUUUUUAAAAUUCUGUUUCUGGUCUAUUUUUAGGGUUGAUUUCUUUAUUCCUGGAGUAUCUGUAGUUGGAGGAUUCUCAAUAUGUUCAAGCCCUGGCCUCUUAGAACGAGAAGGAAUACUAGAGCUGGCAGUAAAGCACACUGUUCAUCCUCCUGCUCACUGGAUUCACACUGAGUGUACUCUUGACUCAGAAGUGGCUCUGCGAGUGGGAGCAGAUCUUCAUGGAUACCAAGAGGGUAAAGGAAAUGGACACAAAUUGGGAACAGUGAAGCUGUACUACAGUGCAAAAAAUACAAGUGAACUCUUAUUUAAGAAAAAUAUUCUUGGUUUGAUGAACACGUUUCCUGGAAAGAUCACAUGUUGUUUCCACGUUACCCAACAGCGUUCACAGAUCUGUAAAGAACUUCAGCCACAUGUUACAGAGGGAAGAAUAUCUGAAAAGGAUCUAGAAAAACACGUAUCUAACAAUACUUCAUGGUACAUCUGUGGUCCACCUCCAAUGAUAGAAUCCAUAUCCAAACUACUGUCUAACAUUGGUGUUCCUGGAAACCGUGUUUUCUUUGAGAAAUGGUGGUAGUGACACCUGCUGAAAUAUAUUAUUUUUUCCAGUGCAUUUUGAUAAGCUAAAAUGUACAGAAAUGGACUAUGAAUUAUUUGGAAGAUUUUACUUCAUAGAUGAAGAGGUCCUCUGAAGAUGUAACGGUGUUCCUUUUAAUUUAACUGUAAUAUACCUGUAAUGCAGUGCUGAUGCUUUGGGGAAAGAAAGUGAUUUUGUAUUAAAGACAUUAACUGUUA